AUGGCCGGCCUUCCCAACGGCCAGCGACCCGACCAUCAACAUCACCAGCCGCAACGACCCAGCCUCAACGCACACCACUCCAACUCGGUCCCUUCCACACCGCUUCAAAAACCUAGACAGUUCUCCAGACGCUAUUCGCGCUCGCCCUCACCCAACCGCGCCCUCAACAGCCAGUCGCCGCGCUCUGUCGUGUCAGAGGCUGUUGCUGGAGCAAAUGGAUCACGUUCGGCCGCAGGAGCGGUCUGCAAGUUUGAGACGGGCGCUGAAAUUAGGAGACGGAGAAUACCUUACCUCGACACCUACCUGAACGACGUUGCCCCGCCGAAGAAGGAGCCCCGGAAGACAUUGGAGCCGCAUGAGCAGGAUCGACUGAGUGGCGAUAUGCGCGAGCUGUACGACCGGUUGUUGCCUUCUGAAGAGAGCGAAGAAAGGAGAGCGCAACUUGUGGCGAAAUUGGAUCGGAUACUGAAUGAAGAGUGGCCUGGUAACAACAUCAAGGUUGCUGUCUUUGGCUCCUCAGGGAACCUGCUGAGCUCAACAGAAUCCGAUGUCGACAUUUGCAUCACAACACCGGUGAAGAACUUGGUGUCCAUGCAUGCCCUUGCCGCUCUGUUGGCCAAGCGUACGUUCAACACUGGCUGUCUCAAGGAUAUGCUUGAGCACUUUUCGGUCCGCUAUGGAAGCUGACGUAUACUCUUAGAUGGCAUGGAGAAGGUUGUGUGCCGAGCAGCAGCUAAAGUCCCCAUUGUGAAGUGCUGGGACCCUGAACUGCAGCUUGCAUCGGAUCUCAACGUCAACAAUCCUUUGGCUCUUCAAAAUACCCGCUUGAUCAAGACAUAUGUACAGAUUGACGACAGGGUCAGACCGCUGGCCAAGAUCAUCAAACACUGGACAAAACAGCGGGUGCUGAAUGAUGCUGGUGCGCAAGAUUCUGUGGACGUAUUCUUGAUUUACACCUGCUAACUUGUGUCUCAGCAUACGGAGCCACCAUCAGCUCAUAUACUUGGAUAUGCAUGAUCAUCAGCUUCUUGCAGCGGCGGAAACCUCCCAUAUUGCCGUCGCUGCAAUUGAUGCAUGGUCCACGGCCUCCACACCCACCUGACGAACAAGACGUGUACUUUGAAGAAGUCCUUGACAAGCUGAAAGGGUAUGGCGAUGCGAAUAAGGAGUCCUUGGGAGAACUUCUUUUUCAGUUCUUUCGACACUACGGCUACGAAUUCCAGUAUGCCAAGUAUGUCGUCUCGGUACGGGAAGGCAAGCUUUUGUCUAGGAAAGAAAAGCGCUGGGGUCCGGGUGAUGGCGCCCAUUCAAAACAUGCUAAUGACAAGCUAUGCGUCGAGGAGCCGUUCACCGUUGACCGAAACCUGGGCAACACUGCCGACCAUUACGCUUGGCAUGGCAUUCACCUUGAGAUCCGGCGGGCCUUCGAACUGCUCGACGACGGCUUGCAGUUGGACAAAUGCUGCGAGCAGUAUGAGUUCCCGCAGGAGGAGAAGCCUCUUUUCCAAAAGCCGCCACCAAAACCCAAGCCAACGCUGACAAGAAGCGCUUCCCAAUCAGGGCAGAACAAUCACGAUCGGGAAUCGGUAUCUGGACGGUCUGGAAAGCCUCGCAAUCGCAAUCAGUCAUCACAACGUGCUGGCAACCGAAGAGCGUCUAGUGGUGCUACCUUCAGCAACCAACGAAUGCCUUUCAGUCCACCGAUCGGCUCGACCUCAACCGACUAUUUCCAGCUGAAGGGGAGCCUUCAUGAACAGCUUUAUCAACAGUAUCAGUACUUACAGCAACAGCAAGAUGUGUUGAGAUCGCAGCUUGCUUCGCAGCAGCAGGCGCAGGCGCAGGCUCGAGUGGGAGACUUGGCUGGUGCUGGUUCUCCUCGACCGCGCUUAAUGGAGCACCCGCCGCCCACGGCUCCUUUGCUAAACGGUCAUUUGUACCAUUAUUCAGCAGCGCCGAGGUACCCGCCUCCCUCUCCAAUGUCGCAGGCUCGAUCGCGAGAAGGCACAAACACGAAUCCGUCAUCACCAUCCUUGGUCGCCGCAGUGCCAGCACUGCGCAGACAAGUACAACGCGCAUCUGUCGCGGAUGGUGCGGCUAAUUCUGCUAGGUCGCAGUCUCAGCCAGGCCGUUCGCUACCGCAUCCGCUCGCUCUCCAACAACAAGCACAUCCAGGACUUGAAAUGGCUCUCGGGAGCCACAUGCAGAACCCGCGCUCAGUGUCUCACCCUUACCAUCCAGCUCAGCACGCAAUGCACUUUCCCUACUCGCCUUAUCCUCAAAUGCACACAGUUGCACAGCCUUCGGAUACUCAUAUGCCCAAGGAAUAUGUAGGAUACUACUUGAACCAAUCCCCUCAGCUUGGACCGCAGUAUGGCGUGGCUGGACCCCAAAUGGCGCCUGCUACGAUGACCUUGAGAGAUCCUCCAGCUCGACAACGGCGUGUUACACCAGAACUCAUGCUGCCGACCCUUAAUGGAAGGCACAGUUCGCGGUCUCCUUCGCCUCUGGGACAUAUGCGUAGCUAUCCCACGAAUGUCGACCGUCGAGCCAGUCAACCCGCAAUCGUGCAGAGCCCUUCGACCUACGAGCCAAAGACACCGAUGUUGCCAGCUCAGCCACAACCGCCGGCGCCAGCAGAGACUGAUAUUGGAGGCCCCGUCAUAGUCAAUGGAUCAAAUCGUAGCAACAUUGCAAAGCCGGCAGAGCGUGUCAAUGGGUUGCCGUCCAAAUUUCAGACUGCGCGGACUGAAGCUGUACCACCGUUGCCAAGCGAUGAAGGACUACGUGCAAGGCCUUUAUCACUGCGAACGAGAUCUGUUCGACCUCCUGAGCAUUCAGAGUACAGCGCAAGACGGCCGUCUUCGCCGAAUUUGUCGCCGACGUCGAAGUCAAAGAGCGAUCGUCGCUUCACUCCCACUUCCCCGCCGAAUGGAACUAUGAACCACAUGAAUGGCUCGCAAGAGCGAUAUCACGAGUCUACACCGCAUUCCGCAGCGCCGCUUCUCUCCCCGGUCGCAGAACUCCGAACGCCGUCGCCAACGCAUUCGCGUGGAUUCGAUUCACAGGAAGUCCCUGAGACAAACGGUCUCGUAAAGGCCGCCAAGAUCGCCAAUGCAAAGCAGGUCGAAAGGGAAGCUGCAGAGGGGCGUGAAAAUCGAGCACCAAGGAUAGACUCCGGACACGAGCGCCGAGUAAGUGCGCCUAUCCCGGCAAGCAACAAGCCAGUGCAAGGCUCUACAUUCGGCCAUCAACAACAGGGACAGGGGGCAACCAACCAGAGCUCUUGGCAGCAGGUACCGAAGAAGGGCCACAAGAAGAACAAGUCUACUGCGGCCGCCAGGACGCAGAACGGAUCUGGCGGACACUCACUGCCUGCUAACGAAGCUGAACGCAAGGGCGGCUAG